UCUCUGCUUUUUGCUCUUCGUACCCACUUCUUCUUCCCUUCGUAUUGAGAAUUUUCGCCUUCUCUAAGAGUUUUUCAUUUUUAAGGAGUAAUAUUGAUUCUCACUUACAUGUUCUUACUCAUGAAAUUCGGUUUGUAUCGAAUAUCGUGAUUCUAUUUUCUUCUGGUACAGUUGGGGUGUUUUUGAAUUGUGGAAAGGAUUUUGUUCCCUUGUUCUCAAGACUGCGUUCCCCUGAGAAAUUGUGACAUGGGUGGGCUACCAGUUGGAAACGGUUCAUCUGCCCUAGCUUUGCCGGAGUCCAAACUUGACCAAGGGUCAGCAGUGGUCAAGUCUACCACAGAUGGGAAACCAAAAAAGAGGAUUUGUUGUGCCUGUCCUGAGACUAAGAAGCUAAGAGAUGAGUGCAUUGUGGAGCAUGGGGAAGAAGCCUGUGGAAAAUGGAUUGAGGCUCAUCGUAAGUGUCUUCGUGCGGAGGGAUUCAAUGUCUGAACUUGAUAAAGCUAAUAGAGUGAUUUCAUUUUCUGCUAGUGUACAAUUUAAUUACUUGAGGGAUAGAGAUGACAGAGAAAAUUGAGAAAUAAAGUGAGGGAGCAGGUAUAGCCAAAGCUGCAGUGCAAUACAUACAAUUUUGCUGUGUAUUUUUGUAGGCUCAUGGCCUUUGAGUAUUAACUUCCUUCUGUUCUUAUUGUUU